CAACAUGGCUCGUCUAACAAUCUUAGCCGGGCUGUCCCUUUUGAUGUGUCUCCAGUUGGUGUCUUCAACCAAACUGGUGUGCUACUUCACCAACUGGUCCCAGUAUAGACCAGGUGUCGGCAAAUAUUUGCCCGCCAAUGUGGACCCCAACCUCUGCACACACUUGAUCUACGCAUUUUCAAUCAUCAACCCUUCCAACGAGCUGGCACCCUAUGAGUGGAAUGAUGAUGUUCUCUACAAAUCCUUCAAUGAGCUGAAGAACACAAACCCUAGUCUGAAGACUCUGCUGGCUGUCGGCGGGUGGAACUUCGGAUCAACACAAUUUACCAUCAUGGUUUCAUCCAAGCCCAACCGCCAGAAAUUCAUCCAGUCUUCUAUCAGAUUUUUGAGACUGCAUGGCUUCGAUGGGCUGGAUCUGGACUGGGAGUAUCCCGGAGCACGAGGCAGCCCUCCAGAGGACAAGAAGAGGUUCACAGUCCUCUGCCAGGAAUUACUCGCCGCCUAUGAAAAGGAAUCCACUGAAACCAGAAAACCACGGUUGCUGCUCACAGCUGCAGUGGCUGCUGGGAAGGCAAACAUCGACAAUGGAUAUCAGAUUGCUAAAGUUUCAAAGUUUUUGGACUUUAUAAAUGUCAUGGCUUAUGACUUCCACGGAGCAUGGGACCCGUUCACUGGUCACAACAGCCCUCUGUACCGUGGCUCUGCCGAUCAGGGCGAAAACAUCUACUACAAUGUGGACUUUUCCAUGAAAUACUGGAGGGACCAAGGAGCUCCUCUUGAAAAGCUCUUAAUCGGUUUUACUACAUAUGGACGCACAUUUCGCACAACACCAGCAGGUAACGGUGUUGGAGCGCCAGCCAGCGGAGCAGCCGCUGCCGGGCCCUACACCCGGGAAGCUGGGUUUUGGUCCAACUAUGAGAUCUGCACUUUCCUCAAUGGAGCCACUGUGGCUUGGGACAGCGACCAGAAAGUUCCAUAUGCCGUCAAACAGAGUGAGUGGGUUGGAUAUGACAACAAAGAAAGUUUUGCGACUAAGGUCAGUUACUUAAAGGAAAACGGAUUCGGAGGAGCUUUUGUCUGGGCUCUGGACUUAGAUGACUUUAACGGGCAGUUUUGUGGACAGGGAAACUAUCCCCUCAUCAGCUCCCUCCGCUCUCUUAUGGCCACAGAUCCUUCUCCCGCUCCUACAGGAGAAACCACCCCAAAUCCAGUGACUCCGUCUACAAACCCAAAUAAGCCUCAGCCCACCACUCGUCCCACCCUCCGCCCCAGCCCUCAUCCCAAACCAGAUAAUUUCUGUGCUACAAAGCCUGGUGGGGUUUAUGCCAAACCUGAUGCCCCAGGAUCCUUCUACAACUGUGGCCACGGCGUCACCUGGAUCAUGAACUGCCCGGCUACUCUGGUCUUUAGGGACAGCUGCAAAUGCUGUGGCUGGCCCUAACAGCUGGCACAUUCAUUUAUUUUACAGAAGAGUGGGGUCCAGGUAGAGACGGUAGGCAGGGCAGCAGAAUCUACGAUCUGAUAGCUUUUUGGAGAGUCGGAGCUACAGCCCAGCUGAUUGGGAUGAUAGCAGCUUUGUUCCUGACACCUGCACACCAGAUCUCCCCCAUGUAUUCAAGCAGAGACACACAAACGGAUACAGAGGGGGGGGGAGGGAGGAGGCUAGGCAGAGGGCCUGACAGGGCAUCUGAAAUGAAUUUAAAGAAGAUUUCUCCUUGCUUUUCCACCAGCUGGUGGCUCCCUAGGUCACCGCCCAGCUCAGUUUUGCAUACAUACUGACGUGGAACUAGUGGCCCUGUUUAAAAUACCAAAGAUUUUUUCCAACUUACACAGCAAACUGCUGCAUAAUUAUGUAGAUGUCACAGUGGCAAUCAGUGACUAGGCUGUUGUUGUGGGAAGUUAACCUUUAUAGUUGCACCCUCAUUAAAUGAUGCCUGACAUUAAAAUC